AUGAAGAUGAGGCUGGAGCUCUUCCUGGUCGUCACAGCGGUGAUCUGCGCUGCUGGCAAUCCGCUGAACAAGGCAGCCAACAAGCUGCUGCUCAUCUCGUUCGAUGGCUUCAGGUGGGACUACGACCAGGACGUGGACACGCCGAACCUGGACCAGCUGGUAGAGGAGGGAGUCAAGGCCAAAUACAUCACCCCCCCGAUGCUGACCAUGACCGCCCCGUCGCACUUCACCACCAUCACAGGCAGAUGGGUGGAGGAUCACGAAGUCGUCCACAACAUGAUGUUUAACCCGAAGACGAACCUAAAAAUUCCUUACAAACAGACGCUGAAGAGAUCGGAGUGGUGGAACACUGGAGUUCAGCCGUUAUGGAUCACAGCUCAGAACCAGGGUCUAAAAACCGCUUCCUUCUACUACCCGGGUGGUGGGGCCAACUACAACGGCCAGACGGUCAACCGAGCGUUUGUGCAGAGGUUUGACCACCCGGACGACAACGAGACAGAGUGGCGUCAGAACAUUGACAAGGUGAUGAGCUGGUUCUCAGAGGAAGACUUCAGCCUGGUGACGCUGUACUACGGCGAGCCGGACAACGUGGGCCACCGCAAGGGUCCGGACCACCCGGACAGGAAGAAGAUCAUUGAGCAGAUCGACCGCACCAUCGGCUACCUGAGGGAGGCCAUCGUUCGCCAUCAACUGUCUGACAGCCUGAACGUCAUCAUCACCUCUGACCACGGCAUGACCACUGUCAAGAAGCAACCGCUGGUCAACGAGAUCAUCCUCAACAAAUACCUGAAUUUAUUCAAGAGUGCCAGCUUCGAGAUCCUCGACUACGGCGGGUUCGGCAUCCUGACGCCGCGGCCGGGGAAAGAGCAGGAGGUUUUCGACGCUCUGUCCAAAGCACCCAACGUGAAGGUCUACAAGAAAAAUGAGAUUCCUGAGGACUUCCAUCUCGCCAAAAGUAAACGGCUGCCUCCCAUCGUGGUCGUCGCAGAUCUGGGAUACAACCUGAACUCGAGACUCAUCAUCUACGUCAACAAAGGCGAUCACGGCUACCACAACGGAGAGAUGGACAUGAAGGCCAUCUUCAGGGCCUUCGGACCCGACUUCAAGAAGAACUUUCUGUCUGAGCCGUUCGACAGCAUCCACAUUUACCCUCUGAUGUGCAAACUGCUGCAGAUUGAACCGGCGCCGCACAACGGAUCACUGAGUGCAACCGAGAAGCUGCUGCUGCACAGCGGUGAGUGGAUCACAGAGAACUCACCUGUCCGUCGCUCUGCUGCUGUCGAUGCUGCUCCUCAUGUUCACUGUGCUGUAACAGAUUCAGGAUCAGAUCUACAGGUCCAGGAUCAGAUCUACAGGUCCAGGAAAAGACCUUCAGAUCCAGGAUCAGAUCUACAGAUCAGGUUCAGCCUCCAUCACUUCAUCUGA